CCGAUAUGGGCUAGCGGCCAUGUGACUGGUCGUCGAGGUAACGAGCCACAGUGGGACUAGCGGCUGUUUAUCGAUAAACUGCCCGAGUCGGUCAAUCCCAUUCAUUCAAUCUCCUCGAGUCCCUUUGCUUCAUCUCGCCAGCCCACCACCUCGACAUCCUCACCGCUAUCAUCGCAAAAUUACUACGGCCGAUCAAUAACCAAACUUCACGCCCCUCGUUCUGAUCUAUAUUUCAUCUCUACCUGUCGCCGCAAUGGCGGCCAACGAAGACCACGUCAACUUCGACAUCAUCGAAGGCCAGAAGGAGAACAUUCAGUCGCUACCAGGAGGCCGAUCAGCAAGAGAGUUGGCUCGCAUCUUCUCUCCGCGCGAGUCUACAGAUAUCUUGGCUACUCCGUCGCCAAAUGAUACCCGCACAGUGAAUGAUGGCAUCCGCCAGGAAUACGAAACAGAAUUACAGGCCAUAGGAGAAUCCGACGACCCGCUGGAUAUUUACGACCGAUAUGUGAAAUGGACGCUGAAUGCUUAUCCUACCGCCCAGGCUACAACUGAGUCCGGCCUUCUGCCCCUCCUGGAGCGUGCCGUGAAACAUUUCCUCAACUCCCCUCAUUAUAAGAACGACCCCCGUUACCUGCGCCUGUGGCUCCACUACAUCAGACUCUUCUCCGACUCACCGCGGGAGACAUUCGCUUUUCUGGCACGCCACCGCAUCGGAGAAGGACUCGCAUUGUUCUACGAAGAAUUUGCGGCUUGGCUGGAAAGUGCAGGAAGAUGGACACAGGCCGACGAGGUGUACCGGCUUGGCAUUGACAAGGAAGCGCGCCCCGCAGAACGACUUGUGCGCAAAUACAGCGAGUUCCAGCACCGCUACGAAAACCACACACAGGACAAUGGCCCCUCAUCGCCUGCACUACCGGCUGUGCGCCCAGCAUUGGCUGCCAAGGUCGACCCCUUCGCUUCGGCUUCUGCGGAAGAAGCCGAUCCCCAGGCCCAGCGCCCAGCACCCGCCCGCAGCGCUGCCCCGAAGACGAAAUCCGGCAAGCCGAAGAUGGCGAUCUUUUCCGAUGCCGAUUCACCCAGCCAACCAGCUGUCAGUGCGCCGGCACAAGGGUGGGACAGCAUUGGAUCGAUGCAUGACCGACGGAAGGAGAACAAGGUUGAGGCAAAGCCAUGGGCAGGAGAGACUUUGAAGGCGGGGAAGAAGCCGGCACCGGCACAGAAGAUGACGAUUUUCAGGGAUGAGUCAAAUUCAAAUUUACAAGCAAAAGAAGCAUUGCAAACGAAACAUGUUCCAGAGCAUCGCGUAAGGGAAGCGGUUAACCCACGUACUGGGAGACGGGAGCGCGUCUUCGUCAAUCUUGAAGCAGUAUACCCAGACUACAAGAACCCAAAUCAUGAAGUGAGCUUCGAGGAACUUAGAGCUAUCAGCCGUGGCUGGAUGGGCAAGAACUGGCGGGCCCACAAAGAGCCCCUCAAGCAGAUCUCAGGCAAUGCUGCUUCUGCGGAGAUUCCCACCGAGAAUCCCCUUGAGCAUGGCCUUGAGAAUGAACUUCCACAACAGUUUAAGCAGAAGUUGACCGUCAAAGAUGCAGAGACCCACGACCCUGAACGGGGAAAUUCGGCCCAGGAAAGCAAAACCAACAAAGCGCGGAAGUUGAAGCUUCGUGAAGUGAAGGGAGAAACACAGACGAUCAAAAUGAAAUUUGAUUCGCCCACUGGAGGCAAGAUUCGCCGCAAGAGCACUGCGGAGCCAACCAUGACUAUACACACCCGCGCUGCAACAGACGAGAUCUAUAGCAUUUUCAAUCAGCCACUCAAAGCAGAGACCGAGAAUGCGGAGAGUAGUGACUUCGAUGACGAUGACUAUACGAGCGCUGGAGAGAGCACGGUCACUGGUCGCAUGUCUGCUGCAUCAAGCGACUUCGGCGAUGAUGAUACAACCUUUCAUAAGUCGUUUGUCGAAGGUGACGAGGAUGGAUUCGAAGAUAACACUCGCGCUGAGAGUGUGGCAGAUGGAGAGUGGACGCAGUUCUCAGCCUGUGAUGUGCCGAAUCUGAGCGCUGCUCAUUCACCUGCCAUGCCGGAGGACUCCACAUACCAUGGCAGAGAUAACACAGAGCAGUUCGAUGAUGCAGAUGAAAAUGGCGAGAGGCAGCGAUUUGUCCCCCAAAUGCCCGAAGAUUACAAUCCACCCUAUGGCCCUUAUCGAGACCCCGCAAUCAUGGCUCAAAAUCGCCUGCCUUUCAUGACACCAAUCGUUGAACAGACCGAACAUUCUUUGUCUAUGACAGCAGCGAGAAACAGCCUCUAUAAUGCGAAGACGCCGUCGAAGCCCCCGAUGGGCAAUCUCUUGUUGUCGAGCCCGUUGAUUCCUGCCACUCCUCACCACGAUGACUUUCCUGAUAUUCCUGAAGACGUUGCUCUCAGCCCCACGAUGGAGAAGUUUCGAACAAGCUUCAAAUUGAGCCCCCUGAAGGAAAUCACUCAAACAGGAGUAGUUAUCAAGGAUGAGCUGUGCAACCCCACUGACAGGGAUAUUCGUAACACGAUUCUUCGGUCAUUGCAGCCUCCGCUGGCAUCGUACCCUGGCUACCACGGCCACCCGGACAUGAACACUCACUAUGGCUCUGAUAUACAGCGAUACCUCAAGACAAGCCCAAAGCGUUCAAGAAGCGGGGAUGAGGCAUCUUUCGAUGUUCCCAUCCUUGAACUUUCAGGUGCUGAGAGAAGCUAUAUCAUCAGGCGUGAGCUCGGUGCAGGUGCUUAUGCGCCGGUCUAUUUUGCAGAGAGCAUCGACAGUCUACCUUCCGACUCGGAAACCGACUCCAACAACAGAGAUUCCCACAAGCCUAGACCCAUUCGAUAUGACACACCCCGUCACGGCUUCGAAGCGAUCAAACUGGAGGUAGGACCACCCAGUGAGUGGGAGUUCUACAUGAUCCGCACGGCAAACGAACGAUUGAGCCAGCAUCCCGAAUACUCCCGCGCCACUGAAAGUAUCAUCCGCGCACACGAGCUUCACGUCUACAAAGGAGAAAGCAUCCUGGUCGAAGAUUACCGUGGACAAGGAACAUUGCUCGAUCUCGUGAACCUCAUCCGUAACGAGCCGAUCUCAGCCACCACCAAUGCCGAAGGUGGAAUAGACGAAGUCCUGGCCAUGUUCUUCACAGUAGAGCUCUUCCGUAUCGUCGAAUCCCUUCACUCCUGUGGCAUCUUACACGGCGACAUCAAAGCCGACAACUGCCUCGUCCGCCUCGACGACAAACCCGUCCCACCUCCCUCCCUGAUCGACCUAGGCAACGAGAUCACCGCAGACCCACGCGAAAUUCACUACUCCCCCCGGGGCCUCCACGGCUGGCGCAACAAGGGUCUCUCAUUGAUCGACUUCGGCCGCAGUAUCGACAUGCAAGUCUUCCAACCAUCCGUCCAAUUCGUCGCCGACUGGGAAACCGGCAAGCACGAGUGCAACGAGAUCCGCGAGAAGCGACCCUGGACGCACCAAAUCGACCUCUACGGCCUAGCAGGCACCAUUCACGUCAUGCUCUUCGGAAAGUACCUCGAGUCCAUCCCCAGCGGCAAUACCCCGAAGACAAAGACAUACCGAAUCCGCGAGUCUCUGAAACGCUACUGGGAGCGCGACAUCUGGAACGACGUCUUCGAUCUCCUCCUCAACCCCGGCGAGGAGAGAUGGGCUCAACUGGAACGCGAAGGCCAGAACCCUGCCGCUAUGGCCAGUGAGAACGGACCUAUCCUCCCCGUGACAAACUCCAUGAGACAUCUCCGCGAGAGAAUGGAAGCUUGGCUCUUCGCUAAUGCAGAGAAGAAGGGUCUUGGAUUGCAAAUCCGGAAAUUAGAGGCUAUUUAUGCGGAGAGGAGGAAGCGGUUAGAGAAGUGUUAAUUCUAAUGCUUCUUUAGCCUUUGUUCGCCUUCUUUACACUUCAGUUCUGACCCCUCCUUUGUUCCCCUUACAACCAGCCCUACACUCUCCCCCUUCCCUCUUUGUCCCUUCACUAAUAAUCCAUCAUCCCCCACUCGACGAUGCACGUGACACGUACGUACGCACUUUAUACCCCCUCUUGUCUUUUUUCCUUUUCUUUGUGUUAGUUGCAGCGUUGGCGUUUGGGUUGUUGUUUCACAUUUACACAUAUGUACUUAUUUCCUUGUUCUUAU